GUAACAUAAAUGCCUGUCGCUUAUCCGCGCCUCCGAUGGACUCCGCGGAAGCAAAACUAAAAUGCGGAACAAUUCGGUUUCGCGGCGCUUGGAAACGCGGAUAUUGGUGAAGUUAUCCACUUCUCGUUCAUCCCUCUUCGUCCAACCCUCCUGCUUCCUCGUCGAGGUGAAGUGGUAGAAGAUGAGAAAAAUGGCAACUUCACCGGCAUUUCCAGGGCUUUUCUUUUGCUUCUCUGCCAUGGUGCUGCUCAUCUUCGUCUCGGUCUCUGUUCCAGUAUGGAGCAAAGUAUCAUUUCUGAAUAUAACAACCGAUGGAAACGCCAUAAAGUUUGGUGUUUGGGGCUACACCGGUUCCGCGAAAGGGCUUGGCUACUCGUUACAGCCAUUUGGCAUCAACGAUUCGUUUCUGAAUAACGGGGCGCUCAAGAACUUGACGUACAUACUGGUUUUCCAUCCCGUUGCUGCUGGGCUCUCUUUUCUCUCUGUUGUGUUUGGAGCCUGCGGUGCUUUAAACUACAGCCGAUUCGGCGCGAUAUUCAUGACGCUUGUCUCCGCAUUAGCCUUCCUCAUCACAGCUAUCGCCUUUGCUGUCGAUAUGGUCUUGUGGGACAUCGUUCGCAGCAGGAUCAGAAACGAUGGAGGCUCGGCUAACUUGGGCAAUGCAAUCUGGAUGACGCUUGGUGCCCUCGUCGCGCUCAUUUUUGGUUCGUGCGCUGCAGGGUGCGGCAGCUUUGGGAGAUACAGGCAACAUCGACAAUCACAUCACUUUUAAAUAAUUCUUAUCUUAUUUCAAGGUUUCAGUCACAAUUUUUUCGGCACACGCUGUAUGCAUACAGAGCUCUGUGAUGGAGGUCUGUAUUGCUUUCCGGCCCCACCGAUGUGACUUCUGCUUGCCUUAUGCCUUGGGACUUCUGUCCGUAAUCCUGCGAAUGUCUUCUCUCUUCGCAUUCGCCGCUGCUUGAAUAUUUUCACAGAUUUACGGUCAUGCUUUGAUGAUUAUUGUCGACUUGCCGCUUUGCGAGUGCGGACCUUUUUCUAUGAUACCCGCCUUCAUUUUUGAGCAUGUCACCUUGUUUUCGAUGUUUUUUGUACUUCCACCCUGAUAGUAAUACUCGAAAGUGCUGUGAUAUUCUGUAACCAUUAUUGAAAGUUAUAUAGCCGACGCGACCUUCUCU